UGUUGUCAUCAACUCAAGUACUUCACUUGGUUCACCAUCUCUCCAAUUCUGUGCUGCACACACGGAGGACUUGGCCCCGCGUGCAGUGAACCACGGAGAGCCGAGGAGACUAGCACAACCAUAAGUAACAGCAAGACGCAGAGACUAUCAACUGAGCUGAAAUGAAACGUGUGCACAUAAAUUAGGUAAAUAACAUAAAUAAAGUCUCUACUGCAUUUUGCUGUCAUUUAUAGUCGCCUCUUUCUCAGUGCAGGCGGAGCUGAGCCCUUCAUGUGUGUAGCACAGUGGUGGAGAGUUGAUGACGACUACACUCAUUAUGUUACUUUGAAAAGCAAGCAGGCUCCUGCUGUGGCAGUAGAGACCGAGACGUUCCCUAUAGAUCAUAGUUCCCAUGAGGAUUCAAAGAGAGAUGAUUCUAGCACACAGGUGUUUACUGUCCGAGGGUCUUCCCUGGUGGAUUAUUCCGAAAGUUAUGAAACCAAUGAGGACUGUACUAAAGACCAACCUCUGACUCCACACUGUGAUGAAGUUGGAAGAAAAAAGAGGAGGACAGAAAACAUUCUGAUGAAUAGAGCAUCAGAUUUUUCUGAUCCUCUGCACAAUUCACAUGCAAGUAUAGUGGACCAAACCGAUGAUGAGGAUUCUGUAAAAGACCAUUCCAGUGUGCAAUCAGAUGAUGAAGUAGUUCCAAGGCUGAGAAGGACAAAAAGCAUUCUGUUUUCUGAUGCUCUCUGCGAUUCAAGUGAUGACAGCACAAAGGGCCCUUCCACUUCUAUGUCUGAAAUGGCUUCACAAAGGCUGAGGAGAAGCUGUAGCCAUCCUGUAAGCCUCUUUUUACCUCCUUCAUGUCAUCACUUAAAGGAUAGCACCAGCCAAACUCAACACCAUGUUCACUAACUAGAGUGCCAGACAUGCAUAUAGACGAUGCAUUAAGGCUGAAAUUUUCAUACCAUCAAUAUUGUACCGCUAUAGGUACAUUUGCACUAUUCAAACGUUAUUUGCACUUUUAAAGAAAAAAAUACUUUUACAAAAUUUCCAUUUGUUUAUCCUGGGGUUAGAUUAUGAAUCCUACGAGUGUAGGCAUUUGCAUUUUCACUGGAAUUUUGAUUUGUGAAUAAAAUUCUUAUUCUAAUUUUUUAGUCAACUUGAUUGGUAUAGUUUAGUAUUUGAUGAUGAUCAGGAAGUGUUACUUUUUUUUUCAAUGUUUGUGUUUGUCUGGUGCUCUUGUUAGUGAGUCUGGUAUUGAUUUUUGGAGGUAGGACUUUGAACAUAACACUGAAGUUUUGCAGAGCGAGAGGCAAACUCAUCCCAUGGAAGUGGAACCGAAGAAAAAAACGGAUGGACAAGAAUUUAUGCAUUGUUUUUACUGCUAUGGAUUGUUCACAAAAAGAGUUAUGUGGCGACAUUUUCAGGUCUGCAAAUUCAAGCCUCAGAGUAAUACAUCUAAAGCAGGUGAAAAAAAAAAGAGUCCAAGCAUUGUGUGCUUUUGCUGAACCUGCUCCAGUUGGAUUAGCGAAGCAUACUGGAAGUUCUUAAGUGUUAUGAAUCAAGACAAGGUUACAGUUGCUAUUAAGGAAAACCGCUGCAUUCUAGAGUUUGGUUGAAUGAGAAGCUAAUCAGCCAACACCAAUGCAGGGCUCCACUGUGUGAGUAUUUCAUUCACAUUUGCCCCUAAAAAUAGAUAUGUGCCAACUGGAAAAAUAAUUUACUCACACACUGUGCGAGUACAAAUUACAACCAUAAGACUAUAUGAAACGCUAGAGGACUUUUAAGUUGAAACAACGGAUAGAGGAGGUGGAGACGCUUGGCCGACAAGGCAGUAACCACAGUAACUCAGUCAGUCAGGGACAGACUUGUGCUCGUGCUGAAGAAGUAUUUGGUACAAUAAUUAACAUCAUCACUAAAGAUGAAGCCCCUUAAUUUUUAUUUUGGGCGAAAAAGAGAAGAGGUGAAAGAGGAAUCCGGCGAAGUUGAUUUGCAAGGUUCAACUGAGGUGGCUCACGCUAGCACAGCGGCUAAUGCUAGUGAUGCUAACAACGCUAACGACGACCAAACUAUAAAAGCAGCUGGACGACCGAUAUCCUUUGCGUGUAGUAGGCAUGGGCCUACUUUUGUAAGCUCAUUGUCCUGCUAAAAAUGAUGAAUGAUGUAUCUUGAAGAAUAAGACAACAUAAAUUUUGAUUUACACACACACACACACAGAGCUUAAAUAUGUAUGUAAUGAAU